AUGCAUGAUCAUCUACCACUUGUUUGUUUUAUUGUUUGUGAUAGCGGACCAGCAACACAUUUUGCAGAAUUUGCUAAAAAUCUUCUUGCUACAGGUAAAUUACGUAUUGAUAUCUAUGCAAGUGAAUUAGCUGUAACAAAAUUUCAAGAUUUAUUAUUACUUGAUGGUAUACGUCUUAUUAAUUUUAUGUUAGAUGGACUUAAAUGUGAAGAAAAACAAAAUUUAGCUGUCGAUCUAAUCAAUAAUUGUGUCAAUCAACGUGCUCAAACAAUUAUUGUUGAUAUUGCAAAUAAAUUUAAUAUAAAACUUCAAGUAGCUUUUAAUAAACUUGAUACAACAUCAUGUAAUAUUCGUUUUUGGUGUUAUUAUGAUAAUCCAGAAGAAUAUGUACCUGGUGAUUAUUCGAUCAGAUCUGGAGAGAUGAUUAAAUUAUCUCAAAAUAUUUUAUUUGCAAAUAUGAAUUUAAUAAAUAGAGAUUCAAAAAUAUUUUCAUUACCAGAUAUUCAAAUCAAUCUUAAUAAUAAAACUAUUCAAGGUAUUGGUUAUUAUCCAAUAGAAAUAGCUGAAAAAUUAUAUCAACGACGUGAAUUUGAACGAAAUAAAUUACGAGAAAAAUAUCAUUGGAAUAAUAUCAAAUAUUUAUUUAUUUAUUUUGGUGGAAAUAAUCAAAUUUAUUAUGAACAAGCAUUUCCUAUAUUUCUUUCUUUUCUUUCAUGUAUAGAUAACAAAUUAUGUAAAGAUAUUCUUUUUAUUAUUCAUCAACAUCCAGGAGCAAAAAUAGAAAAUCAUGAUGGUCUCUUAUUUCUAAAAUGGUUAUUAACAAAUCGUUCUAUUCAAGUAACUUUAUCUUCAUUGACUAGUGAUGAAGCACAAAUUAUUGCUGAUGGUAUUUUAUAUUAUCAAACAAGUAUGGCACCACAAUUUGCACUAAUAGGCUUACCUAUCAUGCAAGUAUCUCAUAAAAUUUAUGAAGAUAUUUUAGUAAAACAUAAUCUAUGUGAAAUAGCAACUAAUUCAAUUGAAUUUAUGAAUGGAUUGAAAAUAUUAAAAGAAAAAAUUCAAUCGUUAAAUUCAAUGCAACAGAAACAAUUAAUAUAUGAUGCUAUUGGUUAUAGAUUUGAUUGUUUUCAGAAUCUUCAAAAUAUAAUCUUAGAUAUAGAAUGA